AUGGAUCGUGGCUGCUACAACUGCGGUGACUCUUCGCACCAGGCACGCGACUGCCCUAAGAAAGGCACACCAACUUGCUACAACUGCGGAGCCGAAGGUCACGUCAGCCGCGAAUGCACCGCUGCGCCCAAGCCAAAGUCUUGCUACAAAUGUGGGAACGAAGGACACUUCGCGCGCGACUGCCCUCAGGCUGGUCCUCCUGGAGGUGCAGGCGGGGGUUGGGGUAGCGCCGGCGGAAACCCUUAUGGCGGUGGAUCGUCCCGAGAAUGCUACCGCUGUGGAGGGCAGGGUCACAUAGCGCGUGACUGUACUUCUGGCGGCGGCGGCGGCGGCGGCGGGGGGUUCGGCGGCGGCUUCAAUCGCGGUGGCGGGGGUCAAACCUGCUAUUCUUGCGGUGGCAUCGGCCACAUGUCCCGGUAA